ACGACCAGCCUGGCUUUGGGUGGAGCUGCACUGCGACGUGAGUUCUCUUUACGAAACAACAUACGUCCCAUUAAAAUAGUAUGUACCGUACGCCAUUAUGAGCACACAUCAGUGCGUGUAAAUAGGGUGCGGGUAUUGCAGCAUUAGUAACCACAUUGUAACGUAGUGUCAAUUUCUUGGCACAGUGUACGUGAGGUUGUUGAAAUUAGCGGAACGGUAGCUAACGUUAUAAGACCUUUCAUCAGAAGUACUAACUUCUCUAAAUGGCAACUAAAACUAGCUGGCUUAGUUCAGUAAUGCUAGUCCCUUGUAAAUGUCUUUACUUCGGCAUGUAGAACAUUAAACAAAAUCAUAAACCAUAAAGCAAAAGUUUUUGUUUUGCUCGAAUAGGUUUUUAUGAACCGUACAGGUCGUUGACUUGCCCGUUUAACAUUAAAACAUGCAUUUUGCCGAUAUCGGCCACGGUUGACUUCGGUAUGCAACACGACGUAGCUUGAUGACCUCGUACCAUUCCGUACAGAUAAGCAUAUACACGAAAACAGCCCAAUUUAACAUCUCUGUCACGUUUAAAAGAAGUGAAACCACGGUAAACGCUAUCAAGUAGGGGUGGAACAAUUAUGAUAUCGAUAGUGUCGAUACCAACGUCUGCAACCCCUCUGCUUGAUACUAGCGUGAUGAGCGAGAUUUGUUUCAGUCCCUUCGAGCAUGGCUGUGCGUUGUUUGUUGUGGUGUUGUUCAUAUUGCUGUUUAUGGUUUACAAAAAUGGACACAGAAUUGUAAACGGGUAAUUUUUUAUAUUUAUGUUGAAUUAUUUCUUUGGUUUGCCUAAAAUAUCUGUACUGUGUAGUUACUUUGAUAAUUAUAAUAUCACGAUAAAAAAAAAUUCAAGGCAAAAUUACAAAAUCAUUGAAGUAUCUCGAAAAAUUACAAGUAAAAAGUAUCGUAUUGGCAAUACCGAAGUAUGAUUCCUUAUUUAUAAAUGGAAUAUUUUGGUUGUUCCAGCAUAGAAAACCUGUUUAUGACCUUCUAAUACACUUUUUAACAUUAUUAGAGCCCUCUAGACAUGAAAUCACACAAUAACAUAAGAGAAAAUAAGAUGUAAUAUAGACUCACUGGUUCUCGCGAUGGUCUCACUAAUGUGACAUAAUGCAACAUUACUGACACCCAGUGGCCAGUGUAGAACACUACAUAGUACAACCUGUCUUUCAGUGCAUUUUUUCGAUGCCUGGUAUUUGCAUUUUUGUUCAUUUAGCCAUUUUUGUGGUUGGAAAUGCUUACAUUUGGGCAAAAAUAUGUACAUAUUUCUUAAAGAUGCAUAUGUUUUUAAUAAUAUUGAAACAGUGAGGAUUUAUUAAUUCAUACAUUUUGAAAAACUAUAACGAAGUUGUAAGAGCGAUGUAGAAACCGUGUCAAGUUGGUAUCACAGUGAUAGCGAAACCAUCCUUUGGAAUCACUCUGAGUAAUGUAGCGUUGUUUAUUAGUGCGGGGGGCAAGGCCAGUGUUGCCCCACCCGCCCUCCAAGCGCACAUAUUGUAUCAUAAUAAAAAAAACCCUGCAGUCUAAUCUCAUGUGCUUCCUUCCUGGUGUGUGGUAGCGAUACUAAUCUGUGUUCAUGUCUCAGUUGUUAUGAAUGUGAAUCCUUCUGCCCCGAUGGCGGGGGCUGGUAUCCCAGGUUCUGGGAUGACGAGCUGUGUCACCAGCGUGGCUCUAAGUGUGUCCUGUGAGAAUCUGAUAGACAUGGACGUCUUCUCCAAGUCGGACCCACAGUGUGUGCUGUACAUGAGCGGCGCUGGGAGCAGCUGGAUGGAGGUUGGCCGUACAGAGAGGAUCAUGAACUGCCUCAAUCCCAAAUUUUCCAAGACGUUUUGCGUGGACUACUACUUUGAGAUGGUGCAGAAGUUGAGGUUUGAAGUGUACGACAUUGACGACAAUGUCAGCUGCAGUCUGCAAGACGCCGACUUCCUGGGAGAAUUGGAGUGUACUUUGGGACAGAUAGUGUCCUCGAGGAAUCUUAAAAAGCCACUCGUCAUGAAGGACAAGAGGCCCGCAGGAGGUGGAACCAUCACCGUCCACGGUGAAGAACGAACAGACAGCAGGGUGGUGCAAUUUGAAGUCGCAGGUCGACAGCUGGACAAAAAGAGUUUCUUUGGGAAGUCCGACCCUUUCUUGGAAUUCUACAAGGAGACGGACACAGGAUGGCAGCUGGCCCAUAGGACGGAGGUGGUGAAAUACAACCUAAACCCAACGUGGAAAGCUUUCCAAAUCCCAAUGCAGGCACUCUGUGGAGGUGAUGUGGAGAAGUCUAUCAAGGUUGAUUGCUACGACUUCAGCAGCAGCGGCUCUCAUAACCUCAUUGGAUCCUUCCACACCACACUCAGCCAAACACAGCAGGCGUCACAGACGUACGCGGCUGAGUUUGAAUGCAUCAACAGGAAGAAGAAAGAGAGCAAGAAAAGCUACAAAAACUCUGGUAUUAUAAUCAUCAAACAGUGCAAGGUGGUGAAGGAGUACACCUUCCUGGAUUACAUCUUUGGCGGCUGUCAGAUGAACGUAACCAUCGCCAUUGACUUCACGGGAUCCAACGGGGAUCCCAGGACUCCGCAGUCCCUGCAUUAUAUCCACCCUGACGGCUACAAUGAAUACCUGUCAGCCAUCAUGGCGGUGGGGAACGUCAUCCAGGACUAUGACAGUGAUAAGAUGUUUCCUGUUUUUGGCUUUGGAGCUCAGAUCCCUCCGACGUGGCAGGUCAGCCAUGAGUUUCCUGUCAACUUCAACCCUUCCAGUCCUUUUUGUGAAGGUAUAGAAGGUGUCAUCCAAGCCUACCAGCAGUGUUUGCUUCAGGUGAAGCUCUACGGUCCCACAAACUUCUCCCCCAUCAUCAACCACGUCGCCCAUUUCGGCAGGCAGGCCUUAGAGCAACGGAGCGCCUCGCAAUACUUUGUGCUGCUCAUCAUCACCGACGGAGUCAUCACAGACAUGGAUCAGACUCGUGAUGCCAUCGUCCAGGCCUCGCGUCUCCCCAUGUCCAUCAUCAUCGUGGGAGUGGGCGGGGCCGACUUCAGCGCCAUGGAGUUCCUGGAUGGAGACAACAGCAUUUUACGCUCUGCCGCAGGCGAAGCUUCCAUGCGAGAUAUUGUCCAGUUUGUUCCAUUCAGACACUUCCGAAAUGCGGGUGCUGCCGCCCUUGCCCAAAGUGUCCUGGCAGAGUUACCGCACCAGGUCGUCUCCUUCUUCAACUCCUUCGGCCUGAAGCCCCCCAGUGAUGCCAGUCCUUCCUAGAAAUGGUCAUAGCCGAGCUGGAGCCUAUCCUGGGGGAGGAAUUACGAGUUCCUGACCGUGAGGCCAACACGCAGCAGUGCAUUUGUUUACUUAUUUUUUUUUAUCUCAAUUUUUAAGUGCCCCUUGUUUUUGUUUCUUAAUGAUAAAAAAGUCUGAAUAGCCAUGUGCCUUUUAGAAACGUUGACACAGCUGCUGCACGAUGUAUACCUCCUUUUAUGGCAUGCUGGACUCUUCUUUUAUGUUCUUGUCUACCCGGGACCGACACUGGACAACUCCAAUGGCGGGGUGUCGGGGGCUGCAUGUUUACAUUCAUUUGCAGUGCUUCCACUUGAACUGUGGGUGAUAAGAAGAAGAAAGCAGUAAAAGUUGAUUAGAAGCUCAGCAUUGGUCAGCACGAUCCAACCGCCUCAGAGGUCUUUUGUGACGUAACAUUGCUGCAGGUCACCUCCAUCAGAAGCUAGACUGAAACGUCUAGAUAGCGUCACAUGUCUGCUCUGAUCAUCCACAUUUUGCUUUCUUUUGGGAUUUGUCACAGUUUAGGAACACCUGGACAGUGUUUACAUCAAAGAUGUUUCCCAUGCCAUUUAAAUGCCUUAAUAUCACUGAUACCACAAAUGACAACACAGCAGUGCCGUAUUGCAGUAUUACUCACAUUAGUCCGGUUAUACUCACACCUCUACUGUUGUCUUAACAAUUGUUUAUGCUUUGUGUUGUUUGGAAGUGCAGUCAUCCCUCGACUCACUGCGGUUCCAAUUUCACAGCUUAACUCCAUCAAGGUGUUUCUAACAUACAGAAUGAAUCAUGCUUCAACAUUGUUAGUCACAAAAGGGAAAAAUUAGCUAAAAUACAAAUACAAAGAAUUAAGAAGCUGUAUUCAAACAGUGUAUGUAGUAUUCUACGUUGGUCACUAGGUGGCAAUCACUGUGUGGUGAGACAAGCACCAGACUAAGAGGAUUUUAUUGCAGCUUGACAUUUUCUCACAACACGCACAAGAAUAAUAAUAAUAAUAAUAACAACACGGGCUACAGUUGUGCUAAAACUCAACUCUGAACCCCCAACAUCACUUCCUGUCCACACACAUGGACCACAUUUAUUGCAACACACACCAGCAUGAGUGUCUUAUUUUCUCCGAUUGUUUCGAUAUCGGGUAACACUAGUGUAAAGGUGACUAAAGGGGUGUUAUGUCAUGUCUGGAGGGCUCUCAUAAUGUUUCAAACCGUAUUUUGGAGAUCUUAAGCGGGUUCUCUAUGCAAUAACAAUUCACGUAUCACAGUCAGGUCCGGAACCAAACGACCAUGAUCAACGAGGGAUUACUAUACAUUUUGCAUUUCAGCCUUGGCACUUUUACGGAAUUAAAAAAAUAGAUAAUGAUAUGUAUCAGUAUAUAUGAUCUCAUAGAUUUCAGAUGUAUUUUGAGUGAUUAUUAUUUGGAAAUGUACAUCAUUGUAUGUGAAAUUAAAGGCAUACUAAUUCAGUGGCUCAAUUCAGUGCA